AUGACGGCGGACGCGAGGGUUCUCAUCCUCGAUAAGCCCAAUGCGGCGCAGAUGAACCAAGAUCUGAUGCAGGCUUUCACCGAAGCCAUCCAAAAGAAUCCUGCUGCUGAUCUACUAUCGGUUAUCGGGAGAGCGUAUGUACGCGCUCACCGAGUGGUUCAAUAUCGAGAGCUCUCAGAUGCAGGCCAGUUAAAUCUACAGACCGCAUAUGAUCUCUAUGACGCCGUUAUAGCUAAUCCUGAUAUCAACCUGCGUGAUCGUUUCCCAUCGGACUAUGACCGCAAAUACAGAUGGGCGAAACCAAAGUCGGUUGUUGCCGAGCCACCGAAGCCUGUGAAGCCGCGCGAUUGGUUCAAGGAGAGGUUGGAUAACAUCCACUCUGCCAGAAUUGUUUACCCGCUCUCUGACCGGGCCUCAGCCCUACUACAAAACUAUUCCAAGUCCCGAGACUAUUCUGAUGAAGAAGCUCUUGCAAAUUCAUUGAAAAAGCUGGUACUGAACUCUGAAAGGCUGUUUGACAAUAUCAUUAGAGGAGCUGUAGUUAAAGCCGACGACGAUAUUGCGAUCAAGGUCUUUCCCGACAGCCGAGAUCUUACUGAAUAUCACAACCUUCAAUACCUCGCAAGCCAUGCUUCAGACCUUCCAGUCCCAAGGGUGCAUGGCCUAAUCAUGCUUGGGCAUUACCGUGUUAUGUUUAUGUCCUAUAUUCAGGGCAUCACCAUUGAUAAAGUGUGGUCGGGUUUAUCUCAUGAAGGAAAGGUCUCCCUAAAGGAGCAGCUGGGGAACAUAUUCUCAAGACUCAGAUGCCUCCGUCAGGAUGAUGGACAAGAACUGGGAGGUUUGGGUGGUGAAGGAGUAAAGGAUUACCGCAUCAUGGAAGUCUUUGCCUACAAGGGCAUCACAACAGCGAAAGCGUUUAAUGACUUGCAAUUCUCCGCGAAACAUCGUGCCAGCCCUUGCUAUGCCAAGUUACUUCAUUCUUUCCUAGAGAUGCCAAACAAAUCGCUACGAGGGGCAGUGUUUACUCAUGGUGAUUUGAAAAAGUCAAAUAUCAUGGUAAAACAAACCUCAGAGGAUCCUAAUCAGUAUACAAUUACCGGGAUAAUAGAUUGGGAAGACAGUGGAUUCUACCCUGAAUAUUAUGAAAGCACCACGAUAUCAAAUGGACAGAGUAUCGUGAACGACGAUGACUGGUACCUCUACAUGCCGGAUUGCCUUUCCCCUCUACAAUUCCCCUUAUAUUGGCUGGUGGAUCGUCUGUGGGGUAAUCUGCUCUGGAACUGGCGAACAGAUAUAGUUCGAUGA